CUACUUGAAAAUUUUUGAAAGGUUAUUUUAUUCUUUUUUUAUUUUUUUAUUUUUCAACUUACAGAAAAAAAUUAUUAAAAUGACUUACACACUUCUCGUUAUGGGAAAUCCUUUAUUGGAUAUCCAAUGCAAACCUAACCAAGAACUUAUGGAUAAGUACAAGCUUAAGGCUAAUGAUGCUAUCUUAGCUGAUGCCUCUCACCAAACUUUAUACAAGGAAAUUGUUGAAAAGUAUGAAGUUGUGUAUGUUGCUGGUGGUGCUGCCCAGAACACUGCUCGUGGUGCCCAAUUCUUCUUGCCUCCUAAUUCUACUACAUAUAUGGGCUGUAUCUCUGAUGAUGAAUUUGGUAAAGCCAUGACUGAUGCUGCUAAGGCUGACGGCUUAUAUAUUAACUAUGAAAUUACCAAGGACGCUCCUACUGGUACUUGUGCUGUCUUGAUUACUGGUAACCAUCGUUCUCUUGUUGCUAACUUGGCUGCUGCUGAAAAAUUCCAGCCAUCUUUCCUUCAAAAGCCUGAGAAUUGGAAGCUUGUUGAAGAUGCCAAAUAUUAUUAUUUCGGUGGUUUCUUCCUUACACACGAUGGUGGUUAUCAAUCUGCUCUUUUAGUCUCCCAACAUGCUGCUGAGAACAAUAAGACCUUUGCUCUCAAUUUGAGUGCUCCUUUCUUGUCUCAAUUCUUUAAAGAUCGUCUUGAUUCUAUUAUUAAGAACACUGAUAUUCUUUUCGGUAAUGAAGAUGAAGCUCGUACCUAUGCUAAACAGGCUGGUUGGGAUACUAACGAUGUCGAAGAAAUUGCCAAGAAGUUGUCUCAACUUGAAAAGAGCAACUCUAAGCCUCGUCUUGUUGUAAUCACACAAGGUGCUGAUGCUACUGUUACUGCUCGUGGUGAAAAUGUUCAUACUUAUCCUGUCAUUAAGGUUGAUUCUAGUGAAAUUGUCGAUACUAAUGGUGCUGGUGAUGGUUUCUGUGGUGGUUUUAUGGGCUUAUAUGCUCAAGGUGUUGAAGACGCUGCUCGUUGUGUUCAAGCUGGUCACUAUCUUGCUAAUAUUGUUAUUAAGCGUGUUGGCCCUACUUAUCCACCAAUGGCUGAAAGAACUAAUAUUCCCUCUUUCUAGCUUAUUAUGAGUUAAGAAAAGAAAAAAAAAAGAAAAGAAAAAGAAAAGGGUUCAACAUCCUAUAUUCCAUUACUCGUAUUAUUUUUGAUUAUACUUUAUUAUUGUCAAAUAUAAACCAUUUUUAUAUAGAUUUUUUUUUGUCUUGUUUUCUUUUUUGUAUUAUAGUUUCAACACUUAAUAAAUUAUGAUUAUGAAUUCAUAGAAA